AUGACUGCAUCCUCUAUCUAAGGAUGGCCUAGUCUCACAAUUAAAUGUACAUCAUUAGAUUAUGUUAACAGAAACAAAUAGUUGAUGUAUGGUAUUAUUGAUAAAAUGAAUAACUAAAACAUUCAAAAGACUUACACCAUUACUUAACCACAUUCGAGUUUGUCUGUAAGAGUAAAUAUCUACACAAUAAGGAAUUUUGCAGCUAGUGAUAACAUCUAAGUGUUUAUGGAUGGAACUAUGUAGGGUUAAUAUCAAAAAGCAGCCAAUUAAAAUCUUGGAAAAAUACUUUGCCUAACAAAAUAUGAUUACCUUUAUUAAUUUUAUAAAAAUAUUACUCAUUCAGCAAAUACAUUUACCUUAGCAUUUUAAUCAUCUAUUUCUACUUAUGCAUCAACAGGAGGAUUUGCAUUAAGUGAGCUAUAUAUUGAAAUAGAUACUUGUUAUCCUGGAUGCUAAACUUGCUCUGGACCUGCAAAUAAUUAAUGUCUCACAUGUAUAACAGGAGCUGUUGCUAAUAAUGGUUAAUGUUAAUGUACAACAGGUUUUGCUUACUAAACAUCUUGUGUACCUACCUGUCCUUCUGGAUCAAGAGGAGAACCUACUUUAUUAAUAUGUGUUUAAGAUUAUUGUGAUGCAUCUGUUUGUGCUACGUGUGACAAUACAACAAAAUCAUGCACUUCUUGCAAAUCUGGUUUUUAUUUACUAUAUAAUUAAUGCGUAGCUACCUGCCCUACUUAUACUAUUAAAUAAGGAAAUGUUUGCUAAGAUAUACUGCCAUCAAAUGGGAUGUAUCUACUUAAAGCUCUAUUUUAAACUUUUGUUUCUGAAAGUGAAAUCGCUGCUGGUGGACUAACAGUUACUGGUUUAGAAGGAAACGGAUACGGUACAGUAACAAGUUCUGGAGCUUAUACAUCUGUCUGUAAUGGAGUUUAUUAUAUUGGUGGCUAUAUGUUAGCUGCAAGUAAUGCAUCAUUUAAAAGAACUUUUACUUAACUGCCUCCUCAUUCUUAAAUAAGAGUUGGUUUUACAUUCGUAGCUAUAGAUAAUUGGGAUAAAGAAUACAUUUACAUUAAUUAUGAUGGUUAAUAGGCUUCCAAUUUCAUGGUAAAUGAAGCCAUUACUAUAGAUAAAUUGUGCGGAUUAGAAAAAUUUAUGGAUUUGGUUUUUUAUGUAGACAAAACUGCAAUACAUACAAGUCCUACUCUUAAUUUAGAAAUAAAGGCCACACUUUCUUUAAAUUCAUCAUAAAAAUCUUAUGGUCUGAGAAAUUUAUUUGUAAUUUUAAUCCAAUGUAGUUAAUGGUGUAUAUCGUGCAAUCCAACAGCAUGCUUGUAAUGUGAUAUCACACACUAUUUAUACAAAGGAUCUUGUUAUGUAACUUGUCCAACAACUACAUACAUAGAUUAAAAUAGAGAAUGUCAUGAUUGUGAUGCUUCUUGUGCUACUUGUGGUGGCCCAAAUAAUACUGAUUGUAUUACUUGCCCACCUGGAAAAUUACUAUAUAAUAAUGGUGGUUGGACCUGUGUAAGUAAUUGUCCUGCUACAAAUUAUUACAGUGAUGGUACUAAAUGUUAAAAAUGUGAUUCAAGUUGCUUGACUUGUUUUGGAGGAUCUAAUAAUAAUUGUCAAACAUGUAAUGCUGGAGUUUUUUUGUAUUAGAAUUAGUGCUUAGCAAGUUGCCCUUCUAAUACUUUUGUUAGUGGAAACCCUUAGACUAUGAUUUGCAAGCAGUGCUUAAAAUGCGAUGCUGGUUGCUUGACUUGUAAAGGUCCUUUAUCAACUAAUUGUUUAGCUUGUUAAACUGGUAAAUAUCUUUUUUAAGAUAAUUCUUGUUAGACGUGCAAUCCUAAAUGUUAAAGUUGUAAAGGAAAUCAACCAACUGAUUGCCUCACAUGCCCCUCAGGUAAAUAUAUGUUCGCAGAUAACUCUUGUAAUAACUGUGACACCUUAAAUAGGUUCUAUAUAGAUGGGCUUAAGUGCUUGUAAUGUAAUCCUCAAUGCUAUAAUUGCCAAGGACCUCUACCUACUAAUUGCCUAACAUACCCGAAAGGUGAAUACUUGUUUGCAGAUAACUCUUGCUAAAAUUGCAAUACAAAAAAUGGAUUCUUUAUAAGUGGAAUGAAAUGUUUAAAAUGUAAUGCUCUAUGCUAAAGUUGCAAAGGCCCUCUACCUACCGACUGUUUAACUUGUCCUUUAGGGAAAUAUUUACAAUCAGAUCGAUCUUGCUAAGAUUGCGAUACCUUUAAUGGAUACUUUAUAGAUGGUAUAAAAUGCAAUAAAUGCUUUGGUAAAUGCUCAAGUUGUUCAGGACCUCUACCUAAUGAUUGCCUAACAUGCCCAGUUGGGAAAUUUUUAUUACCAGAUUAUUCUUGUUAAUAUUGUAAUACUUAAGAUGGUUUCUUUAUUAGAAAUACUAAAUGCAUUCCUUGCAAUCCUGGAUGCAAAACAUGUAAAGGCUCUUUGAUCACUGACUGCUUAACUUGUCCUGAUUAGAAAUAUUUAUUUACAGAUAACACUUGCCGUACUUGCUUAACAAGUAAAGGUUAUUUUAAAAAAAAUAUAUAAUGCCUACCUUGUGAUCAAACUUGCUAAACAUGCUUUGGAGAAAAUAAGAAUCAAUGCUUAAGUUGCACUGAAAACUCUUAACUCUUUUAAAGCUUUUGCGAGUAAUAAUAUGAUACUUAUCAUUCAAAUUACUUCAGUAAUUAGAAGAUUGAAUAGACCUAAUAAUAUUUUCAAACAGGAGGUUAAAUUUCUUUUGCAAGCUCUAUAACUUCAAGCAUAAUUCUAUCUAUGAUAUCAUCAUCAAGCUUUAGUUUAGUUGCUACCGGCUUAAAUUCUUAAAAAGUUAGCUAUCAUAUCCUUAUAAAUACAAAAUUACCUGCUUAAAUAUCUAAAGUGUUUAUUGAAUUUAAAUCUUCAUUUCCAUCCAUGUAAUAUAAAUACCUAAAUGCUUAUGAAAGCAUAUUGGAUCAAAGUGACACUUAAUUUUAAGAUUCUAGAUAUAAACUUGUCAACCUUUCAUUUAACAUAUUAUAAUCAUGUGGACAUACCUUAUUCGUUUUUGGAAUCUGUUUAUUUGUCUUUAUUUCAUUUUAUUUGCUUGUAGAAAAGUUAAAUGACCAAAAUACAAUCCAGUAAAAAUCAAAGAUCGUCUAUCAAAGAUUAAUCAGCAACAUUAUUAUCUAAUUCUGUUAACUGGUAAUUACUAUGCUUGUAGUAGGUGUUAAAUAAAAUUAAAAAGAAAGAUUAUGA